AGUUCACAACGGUUAAUAAAUACGUGUUUCCUCACUCUCUCCCGCUUACAUCCGCGUCUCUUUGCCUGUGUUAGUCGUAACUACAGGAAUAGACAUACAGAAAUACUCGGUGUAUCACCCAGUCUUCAACCCAGACCACCUUUUUAAUACCAUUUGUGGUGCAACGCAACGGUUCACAACCCGAACAAAACAACACAACUUUUACUAAAAGUUUGAAUUCGGAAAAAAAGGGAUAAAUUCCAACACAAUUUAAUUGCCAUUUAUCAACGCAACUUAGUACAAAAGUACGCCAUUCCCACCCCACAGAAACCUUUGUCUUUGCCAAAAUGUCUUCUGUUAGUGGGUCUAUAUAUCUCUGUGUGAAACAGUUUAAUGCCCGUUUAGGAGAUGAACUCAAUUUGAAAAUCGGUGAUAAGGUGGAAGUAUUGGCCGAUGAUAGUGAGUAUAACGAUGGAUGGUACAUGGGACGUAAUCUUUUGACAAACGAUGUAGGACUUUACCCCAAGACAUUCACUCAAUUACUUCAUACUCCGAAGAAUCCAGAAAACACUCUAUUAAGGUCUCGUUCUCGUAGAGUUGCUAGUUCCACCAGUAUCAACAAAUUGGCUGAAAAUGUCAGCAGUCUAUCCCUUAAUGCACCCCCUACACCUCCACAAAAGGAUACCUAUUUUCAAGGUGACUCCAAGAAUGAAAGCACUUCUAGUUUCAAUAAUAGCUACAACAAUCUGACUAAUGGGAGCUCUUCUAAUAUCCUCAAGAGCAAUGAGAAAUCAUCUAAUGGUUCAGAUUCUACCACCACAAAACCGGUAGUUCACAGAACAAUGAGUGAGAUUGAUAUGGCCUUAAAAGAACUUCAAGACCGUUCUUCACCUCCUAAACCAGGUGAGGGCCGUAAUGAUAAAGUACAACAUGAACAACAUCAUGUACCACCAACACCUCCACAAAAACAACCACUGCAUCCACAACAUCGUAGAGAAAAUUCAACCCAAUCACUCACAGAAGAUUUGGAUCCAACUGAAGCAGCUACAUGGACUCCCAAGCAAGUCUCUUCAUAUUUUGCCAUUGUAUUGGGCUUUGAUUUGGAAAUUGCUGGGAAGUUUGCCCGUCAUAAAAUCACCGGUACUAUUUUAUUUGAACUCGAUCUCACUCACUUAAAAGAACUUGAUAUUGAUUCAUUUGGUACAAGAUUUGAAGUUUAUAAGGAAAUUGAAAAAUUGAAACUUGCUUCAAAAUCAGGAACUAAUCAUAAUUCAAAUGAGACUACCAAGUUAGAACUGCCCGAUAAGAGUUUCCCUUACAAAAAGAAAGAUGAAUUGGAAGAGGAGUCGAAUAAUGGUCGUGCUAGACCCCACUCUCAAUUAAUGCCUCCAGCAGCUGUAACAGGUGGUAAUGACAGGCCAACCAGGGAAAAUUCAUCGUACAAUAAAUCACAUCAACGUCAAAGAUCACAAUCAUUGGAGAACAUUUCCUCACAAUUUGAUGUGCGUACCCCCAAGGCGGAUAAGAGAAGAAGUGUAGUUAUAACUCCACAACAAUCUUUCUUGUCACCUAGAAAAGCCCCAGAGCCACCAUCUCAUCAAAGUCCAUUGAACAAGUCCUUCAAAUUUGGUGCUCAUGAGAAUUCACCAGACGUUUCUUCUGGUAAUAUAUAUAACACUAGGAACAAUGCUCCUAAUACCGGGUUGGGAAUAUCUACCAAUGGAUUAAGUCGUCCUGCUUCUUCUAUCUAUGAUAAUUCCAUAAAUAGUCAUAACCGUAAGGAAUCUGGAUCUUCUCAAACACGUCAUAGAAGAAACUCUUCAGUGGCUUCUGGACAUCAUCGUCGUCAUUCUUCACUUUUCCUGUUUCUUUCUACAGGUGAAGACCUUACCAUCAAUGGUGACAAAACACCAAAGGCACAGAAAACCACCAGUGAUGACUAUUUCAGACAAAAAGGUGUUAAUGGGGCUCUUACUUCACCAGCAAACAUUAAGUCAGAGUCUCGUAAAAAACUUGGCUUUGAAACUUUGGAAGAACCAAUUGAUAUCGAUAAGGCUACAUUGUCUCCAAAGAAACUGAAAUCUGUAUCUUAUCGUACAGCCGAAGAUACCAAAUCACCCAGACCACUUUCUAAAGAAGGUGAAGAUAAACGUUCUGUUUCUGACUCAAACGCAAUUUCUCGUUUGAAAACGCUUAGAACAAGUUCCACUCAAAAUUUCCGUAGUUUGACUUCGCUGAAAAAGCUGAAGACAUCUGCUUUCCAAGAGGGAAUAAGACAAAUCACACCAGACGAAGCAAUCAAGAGUGCAAACUUUAGUGGUUGGAUGUCCAAGAAAUCCGGUAGUAACAUUGGAUGGAGAUCGAGAUACUUUACUCUUCAUGGUACAAGAUUGCUGUACUUUACUUCGUUGAGAGAUAAACGUGAACGUGGAUUAAUUGACAUAACUGCACACAAAGUAUUACCGAUUAAUACUGACGAUAGCACCAAUAAUAAUGACAAAUAUAUUGCUAUGUAUGCUUCAUCGACUGGAUUUGGAAGAUAUUGUUUCAAGAUUGUUCCGCCAGCUCCUGGAUUUAAGAAAGGUUUAACUUUCACCCAACCAAAGACUCAUUACUUUGCCGUUGAAACUCAAGAAGAUAUGCGUGGUUGGUUAAAGGCGUUAAUGACUGCUACCAUCGACAUUGAUGAUACCGUUCCAGUGGUCAGUAGUUGUGCCACACCAACCGUGACUCUCAGUAAGGCCCAAGAAAUGCUUGCAAGAGCCAGAGAAGAAACCAAAUUGAAGGAUGAAGAACUUCGAGCUCAAGGUUACUUUAGAGACGGAUUUGAUCAUGAUUACGCUAACAUGUCUACAAACACAGGAGAUACAACCGUCACUACCUAUGACCCAGCAGCAACUUCGCGCACUUCCUUGAACAAUCUGCUGUACGAACAACAUGAUUAUACCUCAGAGGAAAACUCGCCAUUAGUGGAUCUGUUGGAAAGACUACCAUCACUGAAAUCAAACCCAAAGUUGAGCCUUGAUACUACAUCUAGAAGUGCAUCAACCGGUGGCCACUCUUCAAGAACCCCAACAACACCACUGCAAGGUGGGUUUGCUUCUCCAUAUUUGCUUGCUUCUGGCCUUCUUUCGCCAAAGUCCGGCAAUGGGAAUCACAGUACUACAUCAGUUCCUCAAUCUUCAAGCAGAACCAAUUCUCCUUCUGUGACCACCACUGGUCUUGAUACCGGGGUUGAAGCUGGUGCAGGGUCAGGGUCAGCAACACCACUGACAUCCAAAUAUGAGUAUUUCCCAAUUGUGGAAACCACUCCAAAGCUGAUCUUUUCGAAUAGUAAUGGAAGAAUCGUUAGCGGAGGUAGUAGUCUUGCCAGAAAGAAGUCUGAUAAGAUGAUGGCAUACAGUAACGAUGGUUCUGGAAACCAUUCGUUUGUAAUCAAACAGAAGUCCAACAAGUAGAGUACGAGAGAAAUUCAAGAG